CUGAUCUCUCGCUGUCAUUCGGCCACGGUCGGUUCCAGGAGAGAGGGGCAGCCAAGAAACACACACAAGGAUCGGCUGGCUCUGUAGGAAAGACAGCUAGCAUAAAGAAAAAAAAAAAAAGAAAACAACCCCAACGGACAAUGAAACCGAUCGAAUAAGGCUUAAAAGGGAACCUCGCUCAGCUGCCACGUUAACAAAGCUAUUCGAUGAUCGAGUCCAGAUCAGAGGCAGCAGAUAGAGAGCUGUGUCAUUGAGAGGCAGGACACGUCAGGAGAAGGGAGAGAGCAAGAGAGAGAGAGAGAGAGAAAAGCUGACCGACUGCACUGUACGAGUCAGCUAUUAAAUCGCCUCUGAAAAGCUUUCCCUGCCGCACUCAUCGCUUCAAGGACGUCCUCUCGCUGUCAGCCCGAAGCAAAGGAGCUCGACAAAAAAAGGCAUCGCCGAGGUCGAAGCGGGUGAUCAGAAGUCGGACCAAAGAGAUCGCAGAAUAGCGUUUGUUCCUGGGGGAGAGGACAAAUGGGGGAUUACGGGUUCGGAGUCCUAGUUCAAAACAACACUGGCAACAAAUCUGCUUUCCCGGUCCGAAUCCACCCGCAUUUGCAGCCCCAGCACCACCACCAGAAUGUGUCUCAGAGCCCCGCUGCUUUCAUAAACAGCACCACAGCCACGGGGAAUGGCACCACGGGAGGUUCUCCAUGGCUCUUCCCUGCCUCUGCCACCCACAGCAGUGUGCAAGACGAAAUCCUCGGGGGCACAGAGAAGCCCAAAGCACAGCAGCAACAGGAAAUGCAAGAAACCCAAGAGAAACAGCCGCAGUUGUCACCGGGGGGUCACCAGGAGACUGGGAGCAGUGGCGGGAUAAUUUCAGAACUGGAAAAAUCCCGGUCAGAGGAAGCCAAGACGGAGAACGGCACGUCAGAGGGCAGCAACGGAAAGGAGAAGCAGCUUCGCCUUGAGUCGCCUGUCCUGACUGGUUUCGAUUACCAGGAGACAACUGGUCUAGGCGGAACGGGCCCGGUGCAGUCGAGCACAACCUCGUCGUCCCUCACCGGCUUCAACAACUGGUCGGCUGCCAUCCCGCCCGCGCCGUCAACAAUCAUCAACGAGGACGUCAGCUUCUUCAACCCCGCCUCUGCCAACAACGGCCCUCUGCUGUUCCAGAACUUCUCGCACCACGUCAGUCCGGGGUUCGGGGGGAACUUCUCCCCCCAGAUCGGACCGGCUCCGGCCCUGUCCCAGCACCACCCGGGCCCGCCGCCUCACCCCCACUUCCAGCACCCCCACAACCAACACCAGCAGCACCGGCGCUCCCCCGCGUCCCCCCACCCGCCGCCACCCUUCCCGCACAGGAACCCGGCUUUCAGCCAGCUGCCGCACUUGUCCAACAGCCUGAACAAGCCGCCGUCCCCCUGGGGUCCGGCCAGCUACCAGAGCCCCUCUCCUUCCCCCGGCUCGUCCACCUCUUGGAGUCCCGGGGGAGGCUACGGCAGUGGAGGCGGCGGCUGGGGAGGAUCCCAGGGCCGAGAUUAUCGCCGUGGGCUUAACGGAGGGAUGACUCCCAUCAAUUCCAUCUCCCCGCUGAAGAAGACCUUCCCCAACAACCACGUGGCGUCCCAGAAGUACCCCAGGAACAGUCCUGCCGGCUUCAACCCCAAGUCGUGGAUGGACGACGGAGUAGGUCGGGAUAACAUUUUCCCUUUUCAGGAACGAACCAGGUCGUUCGACAGCUUCAACAUGAACACUCUGGAGAACUCCCUGAUCGACAUCAUGAGAGCUGAGCAAGACACCCUGAAAGGUCGUCUGGGAUUCCCUCACCCCGGGGGGGACAACCCUCUGCCCCUCAACGCCAGGAAUUAUAGCAGGAGACGAGGCCACUCCUCCCUCUUUCCGAUGGAGGACAGCUUCCCCGACGACGAGCGAGCUGAUCAGGGCCUCGCGGGCCUCGGCUCCCCCCACUGCUUCCCGCAUCAGAACGGAGAGCGCGUGGAGCGCUACUCGCGCAAGGUCUUUGUCGGCGGCUUGCCUCCAGACAUAGACGAAGAUGAGAUAACCGCCAGUUUCCGGCGCUUUGGACACCUGUUUGUCGACUGGCCUCACAAAGCGGAGAGCAAAUCCUAUUUUCCUCCCAAAGGCUACGCCUUCCUGCUGUUCCAGGACGAGAGCUCCGUGCAGGCCUUGAUCGACGCUUGCAUCGAGGAGGACGGCAAGCUGUACCUCUGCGUCUCCAGCCCCACCAUCAAAGACAAGCCGGUCCAGAUCCGCCCGUGGAACCUGAACGACAGUGACUUCGUGAUGGACGGAUCCCAGCCCCUGGACCCGAGGAAGACCAUCUUUGUGGGAGGAGUUCCCCGUCCGCUCCGUGCAGUGGAGCUGGCCAUGAUCAUGGACCGCCUGUACGGCGGAGUCUGCUACGCAGGCAUCGACACGGACCCGGAGCUGAAGUACCCCAAGGGAGCGGGGCGGGUCGCCUUCUCUAAUCAGCAGAGCUACAUUGCUGCUAUCAGUGCUCGCUUUGUACAGCUGCAGCACGGAGAAAUCGAUAAACGGGUGGAAGUGAAGCCAUACGUGCUCGACGACCAGCUAUGCGAUGAGUGUCAGGGGACCCGCUGCGGCGGCAAGUUCGCGCCGUUCUUCUGCGCCAACGUCACCUGCCUGCAGUACUACUGCGAGUACUGCUGGGCGGCCAUCCACUCCCGCGCCGGCCGCGAGUUCCACAAGCCUCUGGUGAAGGAGGGAGGCGACCGACCCCGCCACAUCUCCUUCCGCUGGAACUGAGCGCCGGCGACGGGGGAGGGCGAGGCGACAGAGAGGCGGGGGAAGGAGAGGUAGUGCAGGCGUCGCGAAUCAUUGUACAAAUAAAUGCACUUUUCUGUUGCUGGUUCAUUUUUUGCUCUAAUUUCACCUAACAGCAUUUUUUUUUUUUUGUUUUUUUUUUUGGUUUUAUUUAAAGUUAAUAUAUAUCGAUAUUUUGAAGAUAGAAAAGAGAAACUGGAGUUGUAUCCAAAUAUGUCCAUCUAGGAAAAAAAAAGUGUAACAUAUUUUUAUUUUUUCUUCUGAUUUUUUGAAAUAUUUUUAUUAGUUCUAAAAAAACACAUAUAUAUAUAAAUAUAGGAAAGUUUUGAUGUGUGAUAUGGUACUCUGCUAAUCAAUUGGCAUAUUUUUCUAAAAAGAAUAUUUCCUUUUGAUACAAGAGGCCCUUAAAACACCUUUGAUUUGACAUUCAGCUGUCUUGUAGCAGAGCUGUUGCCUUUUUUCCUUUUUGUACAAAGUCUUCACAGCGAAUGCUGCUGAAAAAGUGCGUCAUUGGCUAUUUAUUUCUGAGACGUGGGAUUAAGUUUGCUAUUGCUGCAAGAGGCUCCAGAGCAAAUGUGAUUAACAAAGGUGUUGCUGAAGAAGAGUGCACUUAUUUCCUGUUUUAACGAGUGAAGACACCGUAUAUGAGACCCUUUUUGUAGUUAACCAAAGCUGAAUCCUAAUUAACUUUGAAGAAGCAGAAAAGGCCCGCUGCAGGAAGAAAUGGAGUCUUUUCUCUCCCUGUUUGAAAGAAAAGAAAGAAGAAGAAGAAAAAAAAAAAAACUCUGUUUAUGAGUUCCAAGACCAUACAGACAUUUUGACGUUACUUGAAGAAGAAAAAACAACAACACACACACAACAAAUUUAAGCAACACAGAUUUGGGUUUUGAUCUCUCAUUUUUCACAUGCAAGAACCAAUACCUCAAACUCAGCUGCUAAUGUGCCGAAUACAUUUAAGAGGAAGGAAAAAAACAACAACAACAGCAAGAAAAGAUAUUACCACUCUCUGGUGUUAAGCUUCCCUUUGAGUGCGAAUCAGAGGGAAGUGACGCAACAGAUGGAGUGAACCAACAGGCACAGUUUUCUACUCGCUUGCGUCAUCACCUCCUUAUUUUUGUAAUCGAACCCAGGGUUUUGUUA